UUGAAAUUCUCCGUUGUUACAGACUUUCAACUUCAUGGGUACCUGUCAUCCUGUCCAGACACUUCUGUUGCUUCGAAGUCACGACUCGUGAAUUAAAUUCAUCAACAGUCAUAACCUCGAAUUUCAUCUUUACGGGUUACUACGGCUGUACACAUGAUUCAUUUUUAUUCUAUAAUCAGCUCGACCAACAUUUUUAGUUCUUAACGUGGCUAGCGUCGUUGGCAUAAUGGAGCUUGCACUUAGCGAAGAGCCUGAAACAUUGGCUAAUGGACAGACUACAGAGUGUAGUGCCAAAUUGAUGUCAACGAGUAACAAUAAGAGUCUAUGUAUGAAAAGAAUUAAGACACCACGUGAGAGUGAAAUUUAUUUGUUUAAUUCUGAAUAUUUAAAGAAUAAUUAUGAUAAAUAUAUCAGAGAUGAUUUCUUAUAUGCAUUUGGAGCAUUUUAUUGUGACAAAGUAAUGAAUAUUCCUCAUUUAGACUGCGCAUUGAAAACUGAAUGUUAUCAUCGGGAAACAGAAUUGAAUUAUAGACACUAUGAGUUUGCAACAUACAUGGAAAAUAUAGUGUCAUGGCUUGAUCAUAAAUUAAAAUACAUCAAUGGUGAAUCAUCAAAAUGUAAUAAAAAACCAGUUGACCAGUUGUUCAAUACAAAUUAUAUUCAACAAAAUACUACUGAAAUUAGUUUACUUUGCAAACCUCUUGAAUCAAAUACAUGUUCUUCUCAAGAACAAAAUAAUAAAUUAAGAUCUGUGACUAAGUCUCCAAAUGAAAUAAUAGCAACAUCAGAUAUAACUACUCCAAAACAAGAUUUGCCUAAAAAUUCAACUUAUGAUCAUAAGACUGAAAUUAUCAAGCAAAAUACUCAAAAUGAAUUAAUAACAUUACCAGAUUUAACUUCUCCAAAACAUGAUACUCCUAGAAGUUCACCUAAUGAUUAUAAGAAAGGAAUAGAUAUGGUAAAUAAUACUCAAAAUAAAUUAAUAACAUCGCCAGAUUUAACUUUUCCAAGACAUGAUACUCCUAGGAGUUCACCCAAUAAUCACGAGAAAGAAAUAGAUAUGGUAUUAUAUAUGAUUACAGGAGAUUUAACUUCUCCAAAACAUGAUACUUCAAGAAGUUUACAUAAUGUUCACAAGAAAGGAAUAGAUGUGGUAAAUAAAAUAAUAAAAUCGCCAGAUUUAACAACUUCUCUACAACAUGAUACUUCUAGAAGUUCACAUAAUGAUCACAAGAAAGGAAUAUAUAUGGAAAAUAAUCAAAGUGAUAUUAUAACCUUACAAAAACAUAAUGCUGCUAAAAGUACAACUAAAGAUUUCAAAAAAAGAAUUAAUAAGAGCAAUUCAAAUUUGGUGAAUAUUUCGUCAACUGCUGAUUCUAAACUAACAACUAAGUCUCAAUUAAAAAAUUCUGAUAUUAAUGGUGGUGUGAAAGAAAGUACAUCAGAUCACCUUAAAAGCAACACUAACGAAAAAGUUGUGAAUGAGAGUAAAUUGAAUUCAGCUCAUAAAAAUGCCGGUAGUUUUAUUGGUGAAGAAAAGUCAAAUUUGUGUUUGGAAACUCCAACUACUGUAAGAUCUACACGGCAAACUAAUAAAACAACAACAACACUUUUAAAAAGAUCAAAUUCAGUAAUAGAUUCUGAACAAAGUUCAAAAAAGAAAAAAAUAGAAAACCCAUCUCCUAGUGAUGUAGAAAGAAAAACCAAUAACAAUAAAAAUUCAGAGAAAGCAUUAAAUGAAUCUAUAAAACAAGUUAGCAAACAUUUGUAUAGUAGAAAUAGUAAAGGAGAAACGAAAUUGCAUUCAGCUUGUGCCAAAGGGAAAUUAAGUCUUGUAAUUUCAUUGCUCGAUGAUGGUUUCAAUCCUAAUGUUAAAGAUAAUGCUGGAUGGACACCUAUGCAUGAAGCUGUGAAAUCUGGAAAUUUAGAUAUUGUAAAAGAGUUGAUCAAGUAUGGUGCAUAUUUAAAUGUUCCUGGUUUUGAAUAUGAAAGCCCAUUAUAUACAGCUAUUAAGUAUGGUAAAUUUGAAAUAGCAAAAACAAUUCUUGAUUAUGGAGCUGAUGUAAAUUUUAUAAAUAUGUAUGGAAAUAAUGUGAGAUGUCUUAAUGAAGAAAAGUUAUCUGAGUUAAUGGAAAAUCAAGUUUCAUGUAAAUCAACACAAAUUAUUAAUUAUAAAUUAGAGGAAAUUGUCAUUGUCUUAAAUAAUGUUUCAUUAAAAAGUGAAACUGUGAAUACAUUUUGUAAACAGUUCAAUAUUAAAUUGGUUCAAAAUGUUUUGAAUGAAAAGAAAUUUAAUCAAGUUACUCACAUGAUUGUAUCAAAAACAACUAAUAAUACUUGUGAUGUAAAUUUAGAAUGUUUAAUUGGCAUAGCAAAUGGAUUGUUUAUAAUCGAUCAAAAUUGGAUUUCUGACUCAUUAGAUAAAAGUAAACUUAUGGAUUGUGAAAAUUAUGAGGUUAGUGGAACAACACUUUUUGCUGAUUGUAAUGGUCCAAAGAUAUCACGAAUAAGCAAACAGAAACUGUAUCCAAAAUUAUUUGAUGGUAUAAACAUACAUAUUUCUGGAAAUAAUGGUUGGAAUCAGUUUAAACUCGAACAUUUAAAAAAACUGGUUAUUGAAUUUGGAGCUAAACUAUUAAUACGCAUGCCAAAUCCAGAAGACUGCCCUUCUAAUAUAAUACCAUAUCAUUGCCGUAAUAAUGAGCAGAUGUUUCAUGUUUCUAACAUCAUAUUAUACACAAUGGAUUCAAAUAGGCUGAUAAAAUACAAUAUGAAACACUUAAAAGCCUUUCAUAUUUCAUGGUUUAUGGAAGCCAUUCAAAAGUAUAUUAUAUAAACUAGUUAUUUAUGUAAAUUAUUUCCAACUGUAAUUAUUUUCAUGUUAUCAAUAGUAAUUGAAUACAAGUUUAUUAUGUAUA